UUUUUUAAACUUUUUCCUUUUUAUUUAUUUAUUUAUUUAUUUAUUUAUUUAUUAUUUUUUUUUUUUUUGCGACGAGAAGUGACCAUCAAAGGAAGGGACUGAGGAAAAAGGGCUGUGGGUGGAGCAGAGCAGGAGGGGCUCGUUGCUUUCAUUAUAAGUAGCUAUUUUAUACUUUAAGAACUGCUCAUAUAUUGCCUGAUACAGUUUUUAAUUCAGACUUUAAAAAGAGAGAGUGAAAAUUAGAUCAAAGAAACAAACGGAAUACAAAACCAAAAAAAAAAAAAAAACCCACAAAGCAGAACGGCCAAGGAUUACAACCUACGCGGGACCCGAAAUGCGGGAGCGGGGGCACUGGGCGUGGUCUUAGGUCGCCGUGAGGGGCGGGACAAAGCUCGGUUCGGACACCCAGGAGCUCCGCCCACAGCGGGAAGCUGGGAGCUCAAGGUCAAGUUCACUCUGGGCUCCGCCCCCAGCCUGGGUCAAGGCUAGUUAGUGUUGGGGCGGUCUAGCCCGUGACCUGAUUCUCCACUCUGGUCGAGCAGCAGAUUCGCGGUCCCGGUGGACCUCCGAGCUUCUCCCGUGCCGCCGCGGAGCCCCGCGCCGCGCAGUUAAGCACAGCCAACAGCCUUGACUGCUGCCCGCGUGGGUGCCCACGAGGCCCUGAGUCCGACGUACCUCCCAGGCCCCCGUGACUCGGAGGCGGCGACUCGGGUGCGCGCGCACUCGGGCGUCAGAUGGCUGCGGAGCGCAGAACCGUGCUAGCCCCACGGUCACGUUUCUGACGGACAGGAUCGGGUUGACCCGGGUUCGGAUCCCUCCUGCAGCACGUAUACAGUCAGUUAAAAGUCAUACAUGGAAGAUAACUGUCAGUACCAAUAAACUGGCUGUUGGCAUGUGAGGUCAUCUCAUCAUUCUUAGGAGUCCCUGCUCUAGAGCUGUGCUUCUCCAUCCCCUUUCUCUCACAAAGGUGUGACAAACACUAUUUGUGUUCUUCAUUCUGGAAGAGCUGUGCCGACAGACACCUGGCCUGCCUCAGACUAGACAACAGGGUGGCCACUGGAGGUUUGGAUGUGUGUGACAGCAUGAAGAACCGAAUCCCCGUGGUGCUCCUGGCCUGUGGUUCCUUCAACCCCAUCACGAAUAUGCACCUGCGUUUGUUUGAGGUGGCCAGAGACCACCUGCACCAGACAGGAAAGUACCAGGUGAUCGAGGGCAUCAUCUCGCCUGUCAAUGACAGUUAUGGGAAGAAAGACCUGGUGGCUUCCCACCACCGCGUGGCCAUGGCCCGGCUGGCCCUGCAGACAUCUGACUGGAUUCGGGUAGACCCCUGGGAGAGCGAGCAGGCACAGUGGAUGGAAACGGUGAAGGUCCUGAGGCAUCAUCACGGGGAGCUGCUCAGAUCCGUGGCCCAGAUGGAUGGCCCAGACCCCAGCAAAAUACCAUCAGCCUCUGCGGCACUGCCUGAGCUGAAACUCCUCUGUGGAGCUGACGUCCUCAAGACCUUCCACACCCCCAACCUCUGGAAAGACUCGCACAUCCAGGAGAUAGUGGAGAAGUUCGGUUUGGUGUGUGUGAACCGGAGCGGUCAUGACCCGAAGAGGUACAUCUUGGAUUCACCCAUCCUCCAACAGUUCCAGCACAACAUUCACCUGGCCAGGGAACCCGUUCUGAACGAGAUCAGUGCCACAUAUGUCAGGAAAGCCUUGAGCCAAGGGCAGAGCGUGAAGUACCUCCUCCCCGAGGCUGUCAUCACCUACAUCAGGGACCAGGGCCUCUACAUCAAUGACAGUUCCGGGAAAGGAAAAGGAAAGACUGGCUAGAGGGCCUUCUGGGGCGUCAGGGGUGAUUUUGCUCUGGUUCUGUGUUUGUUUCUACAGUGGUUCUACCAUGGGUGACUUCCUGCUCCGGGAAGAGAUUGGGCCUCUGGCAGGGACAGUCAUGUAACAUCAGAGCAAACUAAGUUGCUUAACAUCAGAGCACGACAGGUCAUAGGAGUAGGCAAAACCUCUCAGGGUCACUAAUGAGAAGACCUGCUUACUGUGUAAAUGGCACGUAUAGAAGUCACACUGAUGCUGUUCUGAGCAUGGCCGGCCCCUGAGGGGUCCACCACAGUCACCCUUGUUCGUUUUUUUUUUUUUAAAGUCAGGCCUGGCGAAGCAUUACUGGUCUAGAUAGGCCAUAUUUGAUAUGGUGCUAAUUACUGAACAGAGGGCCUUUUCAACAUCCUUGUUUCAAACAGAAUAAAAGCAAGCGAGGAUUCAGAUAUCUGGAAACAGCAUUAUCACUGAUUUCCAGUGUAUUCUCCCUUGCAAACCAUGCCCUGCCUGCCUACCUGUUUUAAAAGUUUUGACCACGUUCUUUCUAUGUUGUGGUCAAGUGAUAUGUGUUUAAGAUCUAUUUUAUUAUAUGUGUGUGUGCAUGUAUGUGUACAUGCAUAUGGGAGGGACAUCGGAGUGCCUGAAGCCAGAGUUACUGGCAGUUGUGAGCCCCCUGAUGUGGGUGCUGGGACCCAAACUCCAGUCUUACAGAAGAGCAGCAAAUGCUCUUAACCACUGAGCCGCCUCUCCAGCCCCCUCGAGCAAUAUUUUUUGAUACAGCAUGUAUUUUUACACCCAUAUAGUCUAAACACCAGGGUUCCUGAUAUCCUGAUUUCUAAAAAGGAACUGAAGUAAAACAGAUGCCUGUCUGCUUUAGAAGAUCUUUUGAAUGUUUUAUGACUGUCUGCUUGUUUGAAUAUUGGCAAAAAGAUAAAUAAUAAAUUGACAUCAAAAAAUACUAAUGAGAAGUUUCUCUUUUUUUCUUCCCUUGUUAUAUUAUUAAUGCCUGGGGUUUCAGCUGUUGAUCUUCUUCUUAAAUACUCUGUGAAGUUUGCACCCGUUCCAAUCGAAGUGGCCUGAAUUGAAGAGUUUGUGUCCUGAGUACCAGAAGUAGAGGAAUGUCCCAGUCAUACUAACACAGCCUAGAGUCACCCAGGAGGGAGGACAUCUCACUUGAAGGAUUACUAACAUAGCAGUGUCUGCGCACUGUGGACAACACCAGGGGCUGGUGGUCCUGCGCUAUCUAAAAGCCCUAGCCGAGCAUGAGCUUCAGCAAGCCACAUGCCUCCAUGGUUUCUGCUCCGAGUUGCUGCCCUGCCUUCCCUCAGUGUCAGCCUGUGUGACCAGGAGGUAUAAGGUGAUGUAAGCCCUCUCCUCUCUGGCUUGCUUUUGGUCAAACUGUCUUAUCACAGCAACAGAGAGGCAGCUAGAACUAGGAAGGAAUAGCAGAACCCAAGUAGUCUUCCAACCUAAAGCAGCAGGCCAUGAUCUUGUUUCUGUGCACCCUGAAAGAGGAGAAGGAAGUGUUCCAGGAUUUGCUACUCCAGUCCUAGAUUCAUCUCUCCUCUGUUCUGUUAAAGAAGUAGCACAGAGUCUGGGUCUCCAUUCUUUGUCCUGGCCAAUCUUGGCCACGUGUUUAGUGACACAGAAAAGCCAUAGGUGGGCAAGAGGGAUCUGAUAUCCUUCCUCCCCAGGAUUCGUGUGAGCAGUGAAACAGGUAAGUAGGGAAUACAGAGCACGGUGACCCUCCUAUGAGGUAGGUCCUUUGGACUUCUUCCCUUCUUGCCUGGGUUCUCCCCUCCAAGAGUUCCCCGAGAGCUGUGUUCACACAGGGCAAUGAGGAUCUAAUAGCCUUGUCUAAAACCUGCCAUAGCACAUAGUAGGACUUCAACUCCUUUCACCACUAUGGGCUAUAGUUUCUUUAACUCCGAAGUGGAUGAUUUGAUUAGCCCUGUUCUGAAUUCUUCCAACUAUAAUUUUCUUUCUUACUUACUUGAAAAAGAAAGAUUAUAUGUAUGUAUAUAUAAUGUGUAUUAUAUUAUACAUAGUUAGCUCAGGUUUUGAGCUCCUGUUUUGACUUGUUUUGGUUUGUUGUUUGGCAAGGUUUCAUUCUUAACACAGACGAGCCUGGAAUUUGUUAGGUAAGCCAUACUGGCCUAGCCUCAGUUUUUUAGCAAUCCUCCUGCCUCAGUGCUGGGUUUCAGAGCACACACCACCACUCCCAGCUCAGCCCUGAGUUUGAAAGACUGAGUGCUUCCAUUUCAGCCUCUCUGGCCUUCUUUUGAGCCCUGUACCCAUCUAGCCAAAUGGGAAGCUUCCAACGGUUAGGGGAAUUUUUUCCUUUGUAGGUGGAAAAGCGCUAUUGCUUUCCGAGGAGCUGGCUCCGAGAAGACUCUCAGGGCCCUACAAAUGGACCAACAGAGUUGGCUUUCUAAGAGCCUCAUUGGCCUCAGCAUCGCUCACUGCAACAUCCGAUGACAACUUGUUUCAGUAAGCUGAAGCUACCAUUGAAACUUCAUGGCCCUCCAAUGAGCAGCACCUCUCUUCUUCUCUGAGCCACAUCACCCCACUGUUCUAUGUGGCUCGAGAAGGGAGAGAACAAAAUCCUGCGUGCAGACAGUGGUAUCCAAAAGGUGAGCUAGACAAGGGGUCUGCAGGUGGGAGAAAGGGGUCCUCAGUCUCAGCAACAGACACUCAGGGCUGCCCAACUCUUUGCCUGGGUAAGUCUUCCCUGGCCCAUGCAGUGUGAGACUCCUUUCUCUGCACUCAGGAUUCUCCUACUUAGCACCCCCAGCUGUAGCAACACAACCACCCAGUACACUGUCAGACAUUCAGGUCACCGGGUCUAGCCGCCGGCCGCUGAGACCCACUGGUCUGAGACUGUGAUGGAGAUGGGGAGAGAGGGUUUUUUUUCUCUUUCUUUCUCAGUUGAGGACAUCAAGAAACUGCAGUGUCUGAAUGAGCUUCUUUCACAGCAGACCAGUGAAAGGCCUCUACUCUUGGUACUCUGUCUAAGCGCCACUCCCACAGCUACCUGGGACAGCCAGGUAUGCUCUGCCCCACAGUUGCCUAGCAACAGCCAACUGUGCUGACUAUAAAGGGGGCUGCUUGCCCCUUCCUCUCUCUUGCUCUUUCUUCUUCUCUGUUCUGACCCCCUUUCUCCUUCCUACCACGUGCCCAUGGCCGGCCUCCUUUCCUCUCCUCCACUCUUCUUCUCUCAUUAAAGCUCUCCACAUGGAACCAUGCUGGCUUGGUGUUUUCUGUCCUGGCACAGGCCAAGAUUUAAACCCUAACGUGAAGUGCCACUGCAUAGGAAUUAGAACACCACACCCCGACUCCCCGGCAUCCCGGCCUUCAUCCUUCCCUGUCCCCAUAUGCAGUGUCGUUCUGGGCUUGGUUUUACAGCCUAGCCUCUGUACUGGCAUCUAGGGCUGGCUAGGUGGAGGCUUACCACAUAGGAAUUGAUAACUUCCUUAUCAAUCAUUAUGGAACUUUAGGAUUCCUUUAUUCCAAUCACAUUGAUUGAGGUCCUCACGUGUGCCGGGCGUGGAAUGGUGAGCAGACGGUCUCCAUUCUUAAAAAGUGUGUAGUACAGUGGAGAACAAACAAGAACGCAGUGAUCUCAAGUUGAGGAUAUGAUUGUCAGCGAUGAGGAGGGCUCUAAGGGAGACACUGAGGUGCCGAUGGCCUGAGGCAGUGAGUUCUCUGUAAAGCUAAUGAAGGCUCCCCACUUCCCCAAAUCCUAACUAUGUAGGUAUCUAGGUUCCUGAUUCUUGAUUAUCUUUUUUUUUCUUUGGAAAGGGGUCCCUUUGAACUUGUACAAAAUAUAUAGAGACUCUCAUAAAUGGGUUCUCCUGGUGGUGUAGACAACAGAAAAAUGCUAAUGGGUGUGUUCCAGAGACAUUGGGAUGGGUGAGGCCAAUGGAAAAGAAUGGCUUAUGCUAAGGCUCUGAGCCAGAAGGGGAAGAUGGGUACUAUGGAGAGCCAAAAUCAUCAUCACCUCCUUAACAAGGUGCGGGUUACUGCAUCUGAGACCUGAUGCCUGCAGGCCACAGCCUCCCUGCCCAGCAUUUCCAUGGGUUUGAUAGGCUUUGAGGACAUGGCUUCACCUCCCUGAUCCAUGUCUACAUCACGUGGUUCCCACCAAGUAAAACAUCAACUGCUUCUGUAAUAAAACACAAUAGAGCCUGACAGACAGACAGACAGACAGACAGACAGACAGACAGACAGACAUAGAGAUAUAGAUAUGCAUGUAUAUAUGUAUAUAGAUGUAGGUAUACAUACAUACAUACACAUGCUCAAAUAUAUCUUAUUUCUGUUGCCUGCUAUGUCUCACUGACUCAUGCCACCUUCUCACCUCAGUAGCAGAAGAGAAAAUGCAUCACUGUUCUGCUCAUGCAUUGCCUGGCACCGCCCUGCCUACUGAUUUCACCCUCCUCUCUGCUCCCUCAGGUGUCCUCCGCAUCUUGAUGGCCUGGGUAUUUUGUUUAUUUUACCAGAACAGAAAAACAGUGGUUCGGGCUCCCAAGUAAAUAGAAUUACCAGCCUUAAAUAAAGGUUCUCCUACAACACUAUUCCCUACCCAGAUGAGAACGGUGCUGUAUCCUUGCCUGGGGAAAGACGUUUUCAUUUCUAAUACUGUCUGUAUCAGUUGGGACAGAAUGACGCGAAAUCUCAUUUCAAGCCAAUAGAGCUGGGGCUUUGCAAAUCACGUUUGGUAAUUGGGUUAAUGCAUGAAUAUGUAUUUCCUUAGCCUUGUCCUCACUUUCUAUGCUGACAAUGCCGCUGCCCCUCCUGUUUGUACAGGUCUUCAUACACCGUAGAAUUCCGUUUCAGUCAUAGAGUUAUUUUCUUAGCCCCAAACCUGACAUGAUAGAUGCAAAUCCGAGUGACUGAUAAAUAUAUCUCGGUGGUGAUCCACAGAGGCACAUGCCUCUGAAUAGUUUAGUAUUGUUUAAAUAACUUCAGCACACACCGCUCCUGACAGCACAGGCUGCGGGGGAGGGGGAGGGGACCAUGAGAACUCUAGAGUUCACUGGGAUUCAUGUUUCUGAAUUAGCAAACACUGAUGAGUGAGAGUUGGAAUGUGAACAACGGUGUGCUCCAGGACAGGUCUGGGAAGCCCCUCCUCACCUCCUGUUGGAAAUGCUGUGUGCCUGCUUGUCCUGUUGAUAUGACCCUCUGUACAUGCUUCAUGCCCCCUCCUAUUCUAGCUUCUUUUCUGUUGCCAUGAUAGAUACCGUGACCUAAAGCAAGUUGUGGGAGCAAUGGGUUCAUUUCACCCUACUAUACUUCCAAGUCCAUCGAGAUGGUGGCAGAGAGGAACUCAAGGCAAGAACUCAGAGGUAAGACUGCUUGCUAUCCUGUAUAGCCCAUUCUGACCAGUGAAUGAACUCACAGAGAACAUAAGAAGAAGUGUGGCAUAGGAUGCUGGUGAGCUAUCUGGCUGUCUGGCUUGCUGUCAGGCACCUGCUCAGCUAUCGCUCUUAUACUCCCUGGGGAAGAGGACCACCCACAAUGCAUUGGGUUCUUCUACAUCGAUUAAGAAAUCAAGAUAACCCCUCACAGACACGCCCACAGACAAUACUCAUCUACACAAUUCAUCUACUGAGCCUUCUCUCAGAUGACUCUAGGCUGUGUCAAGAUGACAAGGCCAACCAAGACACCUAAAGCAACCUCAGCUCUUAACUUGACCAAUGGCAGUGACCUAAUAGAGUUUCCCAUCCUGGAUCCUGCCAUCUGUUCUUCACCUAGAAAGUACGAGUGCACAUGCGUAUUCGAAUGUAUUCCUACUCCCUACUGGCAUUCCUUGUGGAAGAAGCCAUUAAGAAAACAGAUAAGGAAACGGCAGCGCAGAUCUUCCUGGUUGCUGCCGCCGCAGAGAGCUCAUGGGCAGCACCCCGAGAGCAAACAUGAGCCUUGGGACCACAGGUAAGACCAACGUUUCUGCUGCAAGUGACCUGCCUGGUGAACUCAAGACACAGGCCCACAGGAACAGCUGAAGACCUUUAGAGAGGAAAAACUACACGCCCGAAAGCAGAACACUCUGUCCCCAUAACAGGCUGAAAGAAAACAGGAAAACAGGUCUACAGCACUCCUGACACACAGGCUUAUAGGAUAGUCUAGCCACUGUCAGAAAUAGCAGAACAAAGCAACACUAGAGAUAAUCUGAUGGCGAGAGGCAAGCGCAGGAACCCAAGCAA